GCUGCAGUGACUGCCUGGAUUACCCAGAGCGAGAUCAGUGUGGGAUAAGGAAAGUCACUAGCAGACACCGAAGGAAGUUUCUACUUCUGCACUUUACUGGAAGGAUCUGUCAAAACUGCAGCACAGAAUGAAAACAGACUUGUCCUUGGAAGAGUCCCAGUUAAGCGAGAGGAGCUUUCAGUUCUGCUGCUCGCCAAUCCUGUAACCAUGGCAACAUACUCUAGAAAAGAAAUUCAACCACAUUGCUUGCUGUCUUCAAAUCUGAUGAAAAGGAUGAAGAUAAAAAUCUGAUGAGAAGAGAUAAUUGGAAGAGGCUGUAAUUGGAUUGCUGUAAUCUGGAGACAGCGAGGGAAUUUAGUCUUCUGGAUUUAGUUUGGACACACCUCCGUCCUGGUUCAGUCUUAUCAUUUGUAGUGCAGCACGUGCCUCAAGGCCUCAAAAUAACUGCCUGAACUGUAAACUUCCAGAUGACAGUACUGAGCACUUUGUAAAACCACACAAUACAAACAAAGAGCCUCCUCUAGUAGCGGCCACACUUGCACCCAAUGUGAUACACGCUGCACGCUGGAACUCUACAAUAUUGUCGCUGGAUUACUGAAAUUUGAAGACUCUGUUGGUGAAACCACCAUGGCAUUUUCAUCUCGAAAAGUGAACAUAAAAAAGAAGCCACCUGAGCCUUCUGUGAAUGGCGAGGAGCAGGAUUUUAUUUUCCUGUCAGAAAACGUUCUGCUCGUGGUGGAAAGAUGCAUGAACUCUAUGCAAGCUGGUACCCAAAUGAUCAAACUCCGGGGUAGCUCCAAAGGUUUGGUGCGUUUUUAUUACCUUGAUGAGCACAAGUCCUGUAUAAGGUGGAGACCCUCGAGAAAGAAUGAAAAGGCCAAGAUCUCCAUUGAUUCCAUUCAGGAGGUGUGUGAGGGCAAACAGUCUGAGAUUUUCCAGCGUUAUGCGGAUGGAAGCUUUGAUCCAAAUUGCUGUUUCAGUAUCUACUACGGGGAUCACAUGGAGUCUCUGGACCUGGUGUCCUCGAGUGGCGAAGAGGCACGGACAUGGAUUACUGGCUUGAAAUAUCUCAUGGCAGGGAUAAGUGAUGAGGACAGUCUUUCCAAGCGUCAAAGAACCCGCGACCAAUGGUUGAAGCAGACAUUUGAUGAGGCAGACAAGAAUGGAGACGGGUGCUUGAGUAUUAAUGAGGUCUUACAACUCAUGCACAAACUGAAUGUCAACCUCCCACGACAGAAAGUGAAGCAGAUGUUCAAGGAGGCAGACACUGACGAUAACCAAGGCACGCUUGGUUUUGAUGAGUUCUGUGCAUUUUAUAAGAUGAUGUCAACAAGAAGGGAUCUAUACCUGCUAAUGCUUACAUACAGCAACCACAAGGACCACUUGGAUCCAGAUGACCUAAAACGAUUUCUAGAAGUUGAACAAAAGAUGAUGAAUGUGAGAAAGGAAUACUGCUUGGAUAUUGUUGGUAAAUUUGAACCAUGUCCAGAGAAUAAAAAUCAAGGGGUGCUUGGAAUAGAUGGUUUCACCAACUAUAUGCGCAGUCCAGCAGGCGAUAUCUUCAAUCCGGACCACUAUCAAGUGAAUCAGGAUAUGACCUUACCCUUGAGUAACUAUUUCAUUGCAUCCUCUCACAACACAUAUCUAAUGGGAGAUCAGUUAAUGUCUCAGUCUCGAGUAGACAUGUAUGCGUGGGUAUUGCAAGCCGGCUGCCGUUGUGUGGAGGUUGACUGUUGGGAUGGACCUGACGGAGAACCAAUUGUUCAUCAUGGCUAUACUUUAACCUCUAAAAUUCUUUUCAAAGAUGUGAUAGAAACUAUUAACAAAUAUGCAUUCAUCAAAAAUGACUACCCUGUCAUCUUGUCUAUUGAAAACCACUGCAGUGUGGUGCAGCAGAAAAAGAUGGCUCAGUACCUGAUUGAAAUCUUGGGUGACCAAUUAAAUCUCUCUGAUGUAGUCAAUGAAGAUUCAACAAAACUGCCUUCGCCACAAAGCCUAAGGGGGAAAAUAUUAGUGAAGGGAAAGAAGCUUCCUGCCAGUAUCAGCGAUGACGCAGAGGAAGGAGACGUUUCAGAUGAAGACAGUGCAGAUGAGAUUGACGAUGACUGCAAGUUAAUAAAUGGCGAUUGGAAGGCAUCUGCUAACAGAAAGCAAGUAGAAAACAUUGCAAAGAAGAAACUUGACUCGCUGUUGAAAGAAUCAAAAAUCCGAGACUGUGAGGAUCCUAAUAAUUUCACUGUCACCACACUGCCACCAUCUGGGAAACACAGCCAGAAACAAGAAUUAAAAAAGAAAUGUAGCUCUGGAUCUAAAGGAGAAAGGGCUUUGAGUAAAACUGAGGAAGAAGUUGAGUCUGGAGAGGAGCCAAGCCCCAACAAGAGGCACAGUCGUUCUUUGAUGGGAAGUUUUUCCAAGCACAAGAAAAAAGGUGGAAGAAUCAAAAAGUGUUCAAGCUUAGAAGAAGGGGACGAGAGCCUGGACCGUCAGGGAAGCUUAGCAAGAGCUCCAGUGCAUUACAGCAGAAUAAACAGACAAAAGAAAACCAUGAAGCUGUCAAGAGCUCUGUCUGACCUGGUCAAAUACACUAAAUCAGUUGGUAUCCAUGAUGUGGAAACUGAAAUCUCUUGCAGCUGGCAAGUUUCAUCAUUUAGUGAAACAAAAGCUCACCAGAUCCUUCAGCAGAAACCAGCACAGUUUGUCCGGUUUAACCAGCACCAGCUCUCUCGCAUUUAUCCAUCAUCCUACAGAGUCGACUCCAGUAACUACAACCCACAGCCAUUUUGGAAUGCCGGUUGUCAAUUAGUUGCUUUAAACUACCAGUCGGAAGGAAGAAUGUUGCAGUUAAACCGAGCCAAGUUCAACAGCAAUGGAAUCUGCGGCUAUGUGCUGAAACCGAAAUGCAUGUGUCAAGGUGCCUUUAAUCCUAAUUCUGAAGAUCCUUUACCAGGACAAAUGAAGAAACAGCUUGUUUUGAGAAUAAUCAGUGGCCAACAGCUACCAAAGCCAAAAGACUCCAUGCUAGGAGAUCGUGGAGAGAUCAUUGAUCCUUUUGUAGAAGUUGAGCUUAUUGGUUUGCCAGUGGAUUGUUUCAAAGAACAAACACGAGUUGUUGAUGAUAAUGGAUUCAACCCUAUGUGGGAGGAAACCCUUGUGUUUACAGUGCACAUGCCAGAAAUCUCAUUAAUUCGUUUUCUUGUGUGGGAUCAUGAUCCAAUUGGCCGGGAUUUCAUUGGACAAAGGACCCUUUCAUUUAGCAGCAUGAUGCCAGGCUAUCGACAUGUGUACCUAGAAGGUAUGGAGGAGGCAUCCAUCUUUGUUCAUGUAGCAAUCAAUGACAUCAGUGGUAAGUGGACUUCUCUGUGUCAAAAAUCUACUUUUAGAAGCAGAGACAUUUUAGGAGCCAUGAAGGUCAAACAGGCCGCGGGCUUAAAAGGACUCUUUCUGAGAAAUCCAAAGCAAGCUUCACUGGACAGUCAUGCUGCUGGACAGCUCCAUCAGAAACAUUCCAUUAGUAGCCACAUUUUAAGGAGAACUGCAAGUGCUCCUACUAAGGGCCAACAAAAAAACAAAAAGGGCUUCCCAGAAAUUGCCAUUGACUCCAAAGAUAACAGCUCGGAAGGACCUAGUGAAGAUCGGGAGACUGAUGAUUCGUCUCUGCCCCGAUUUGAACAAGAUCCUGAAAGUGCUUCUCCAACUCUUCCUUCUUGGGAUGGUACUAAUGUGGAAUUAAACAGCAAGAGUUUAAAAGGUAAGCGUUUUAGUUCAAGAAAAAGCAAAAGCCACGUCCGUAUUUCUAGGUGUGCAACGUUCAGUGAACCUCAACAAAGAACUAACAAAGUUGCUUUUCAGGACAGUACUCCUAAUAAACCAGGUGUAUUUGCCCGCUGUGCAAUGAAUGGCUCAGGUAGCAUUGGAAUGGCAACAAACUGUAUCAGGUGUAUGAUCGGUUCGAAAGAGAGCCCAGAUUUAGAAUGUAAACGGUAUGAUACAAACAGACCUAUUGUGAGUGAUAGCCCAGUUCACGACCAGUAUAGUGUACCAGGAGAAGAAAGGUUAGAGUUGCAAUAUUAUGGUAUCACAGAGCAGCCGAGGAGGCAACAGAAAGACUUACUAGCAUUCACUGACAAUGAUGAUCUAUCAAAAAACUCUCAAUCAUUUGUUAUCCCGGGGAAGAAAAAUGGAGACCACAAAUGUGCUGGGAUGAAAAGUCAUCCUAGGCAGCGAUGGCAAUGCCUAACUGGUUGCACGUAUGGAAGUACUAUCAAUUUGGUCCCCGCCGGCAGUGGUUCAGUAUCCUCCAACUCCAGCAGCUUAGAGAGUCUCGGAAGUCCAGAGUUGUCCAAGGCCUGGCAUGAAAAUUCCCGAAGGCAAGCGGGUACCCUACAGAGGGAAAUGAAUGCCUUGUUUGUACAAAAACUGGAGGAAAUUCGCAGUAAAUCCCCAAUAUUUUUUACUGACCCACGAGAAUUACUUCUUUAUAGAUCGGCCUCUUCUUUAUGCAGUCUUGAAACCAUUAAAGAAGAGCCUCUAUUUGCCAAGGAAAAAUCUCCCAGUCAAGCUUUUUCCCAGCCUGUUGACUAUCUUAAAAGUUGUGAAAGCUCUGUGUGUGAGCAGCCCAAGGAAUCUCUGUCUGAAAAUAGUAACCCAGCUAUUAACUCUGAAAAUGUGCAACGACCAAGCAAACUGAAUGUUGAGCCAACCAUAAUCAAGGUGCUUGCUAUAAGUAAUGAACCAAAUCCGAAUUAUGGAAAAGUUAAUAUAGGAAAAGCAUACAAUGACAGGAAUGGAAAAAUUCUCCGCUCGGUCAAUGGGAAAAAUGAUAGCACAAGUCUAAUUCAUUCAUCCCAGAUUAAGCCAGGAAUGUCUUUACUUGCUGAUGUUUCAAAAAAGGGUAAUGAACAAUGUCCGGUCAAAAGUAACCAAGCUGCACAAUCUUCCUUUCCAGCUAGUAAUCAGUCAAUUGCAAACAGAAUGAUGUGCACUAAUCUAACAUAUCAACAAACCAGGCCAACACCAAACAUGAAACCUUCAAUUGUUCCUCCUGUUCAAAGAAUGCAGUAUGAUAGGCCUGACUCAAAGCCCUCAGUGGUUCAUGAUAGCAAACACACACCUGUAAGGAGAACAAAGAGUGAGGGCUAUGUUGUUUCAGACUGCUCAGCCUUAAGCUUAAAUUCUACAUGUCAGUCCCCUGUGGCUGAACUAUAUUCUGAUGCCACAGUUAAUGAUAGAAUUUGGAGCAAACUGGAGUUAAACACUCAUAGGGAUAGUAUGUCUUCGUCUUCCAGCAAGUCAUCCAAUGACACCGUCAUUGACCUGUCUUUGCCUAAUUUAGCUCGAAAAAGCUUAUUGGAUCUUGACAUCUCUGAUGAUAACUUUGAAAAUAUACAUAUAAACAAUACCAUUCGGCCAAGAUCUGCAACAUCUUUAACAAAGGAAAUGUCGCUAGGAGUAAUGAAAAGUAAGUCUAACCCCAAUUUAGUAUUGAACAACCAAGCAAUAGAUGAACUCUCUCCUAGACCACUGGCUAGAAGUCCAGUAGAAGCAUUGCCACCCUUGCCACGAAGGAACACCUGGAAUAGGUUGUAUGUAAACAGUCUUAAACAGACAAAUAAAAAGCCCCCUCAUGAAAACACCCCAUCAACUAACCAGUCAAUGUCAAAAAGUCUUGGAGACUUGACUUCAGAUGAUAUUUCAUGUAAUUUUGAAAGUAAGUACAGAAUUAUAAGUAGAGGUUUCAUUACUAGAUCAAUGAGGGCACAAAGAAGACCAACCAGUGUAAAGGGUUCAGUCAAGUCUUCAGAUUCAUUGACAGAACAGCUGAAAAAGCUAACAAGCUUUCAGAAAGAAAAUGACAUCACAUCCCCAACUGAGGUUGAACCUGUCCAGUGUGAGAAUGAAGACACCGCUUUCCUGCGAAGGACAUCCUCCAGAAGUCAGAGUAGAGUAAGAUAUAUUGCAAACAGAGCCAAACAGGCUCAAGAAAGGCAAAGGCUCCAAAACAUGUGUCGGAUAAAUGGAAAUUCCAUCGAAGAAAGAGGAAAUCCAGAAGGAGCAUGUGCAAUAAGUAAAGGGUUCUGUAUGGAUUCUCUUUCUCCCACACAGUUUACACCUGAAACUUUGGACAAAUUUGGAACUUAAUAAUAUAAUUGUGUAGAAAAAAAACUUGGCAUUUCUAUUCAUGUUAACUGUGUAUAUGAUAAAGUCGUCCAUACAAGAUAUACCUCGAAAGAGUAAAAAACAACUGGGGACAGCUCGAGCACUUAAAGUACUGUAUAUAUUAUAUAUUUUUGAACUAGCAAGUUUACAAUGGGUCUGCAGUCCCCCACAAAUCUGUAUUACAGUUAUUCGUUUUUUCUAUUAAGAAAAGUUGGUCCCUAAAAUCCACUUCUGGAGGUGUGGCCUCUCCGGAACUACUGCCUAUCCUAACAUUUUGGUUGAUCCAUUAGGCCACUAACAGUAUAUUACCCUUUGUCCCACUACUGCCAGUGUGAAAUAAUGUGAUAUUUUUAAAAUACUGCUGUACAUAGCACCUUUGAGGUACACUUUUAUUUUAUUUUUUGCACUGCCAUAAAAAAAUAUAAGGUAUGUUUUUAAAAAAAAAAAUGCAUUUUAAUAUUCUUCCUAAUGUAUUAUGGCUGUAUGACAAUAAUUCUGUUAACCUUGUUUUUUUUAUAGUUUUUAGGGAAUUUUUUUUAAUUAGACUUUUCAUUUAUAUUAAGCUUGAUGUACUUUUUAGAGAAGCAAAUUAGUUAAAAGUGUAUGUUCAGCAACAUCCAUUUACCAUUUCUGUUGCUCUUUUUUUAUUCGUUUUUCCAUCUUCAAGUAAAUAUUAUAUGUAAUGAAAUAUUUUAACACAAUGUUUGUAAGCCAGAAAAAAAAAUCUAUUAAAUAAAAUUAUUUAACCUUA